AUGCGUGUGGGCGGCAUUGAAUUCUUUUCAACACGCAGCAGCGCCGCCCGCGCCGCUGCGAGAAUGGCGCGCUGGCACGCCGAAGUCAACCUGAAGCGGCCCAAGGAGUACUGGGACUACGAGUCGCUGCAGGUGCAGUGGGGCGAGCAGGACGACUACCAGGUCGUGUGCAAGGUUGGACGCGGAAAGUACUCCGAGGUGUUUGAGGGGAUUCGGGUGAGCGACGGCAGCAAAGUGAUCAUCAAAAUCCUCAAGCCGGUCAAGAAGAAGAAGAUCAAGCGCGAGAUCAAGAUUCUGAUGAACCUCGCCGGCGGGACCAACAUCAUCCAGCUGCUCGACAUCGUGCGGGAUCCGCAGUCCAAGACGCCGUCGCUCAUCUUUGAGCACGUCAACAACACGGACUUCAAGGUCCUCUACCCCACGCUCACCGACUUUGACGUCCGCUUCUACAUCUUCGAGCUGCUCAAGGCGCGUGCGCCGCCUGCCGCCGCUCCUGCCGCGCGCCGGAGGGCGCUGGAGCAUUCCCACUCGAACGGGAUCAUGCACCGGGACGUCAAGCCGCACAACAGAUGUCUCCUCGCCAUCCACAGCUAG